AUGGAAAUAGUAGGGUGCCGAGCAGAAGACAAGUCGUGUCCCUUCCGUCCCCCAGCCAUGCUCUUCCACGGGAUCUCCGGAGGCCACAUCCAAGGCAUCAUGGAAGAGAUGGAGCGCAGAUCCAAGACCGAGGCCCGCCUGGCCAAAGGCGCCCAGCUCAACGGUCGCGACGCGGGUAUGCCCCCGCUGAGCCCGGAGAAGCCGGCUCUGUGCGCCGGCUGCGGGGGCAAGAUCUCAGACAGGUACUACUUGCUGGCGGUGGACAAGCAGUGGCACCUAAGGUGCCUGAAGUGCUGUGAAUGUAAGCUGGCCCUCGAGUCCGAGCUCACCUGCUUUGCCAAGGACGGCAGCAUUUACUGCAAGGAGGAUUACUACAGAAGGUUCUCUGUGCAGAGAUGUGCCCGCUGCCACCUUGGCAUCUCCGCCUCCGAGAUGGUCAUGCGCGCCCGCGACUCUGUGUACCACCUGAGCUGCUUCACCUGCUCCACCUGCAACAAGACUCUGACCACGGGCGACCAUUUCGGCAUGAAGGACAGUCUGGUGUACUGCCGCGCCCACUUCGAGACCCUUUUGCAAGGAGAGUAUCCCCCGCAGCUGAGCUACACGGAGCUGGCGGCCAAGAGCGGAGGCUUGGCCUUACCUUACUUCAACGGCACGGGCACCGUGCAGAAAGGGCGGCCCCGGAAGCGGAAGAGCCCAGCGCUGGGAGUGGACAUGGUCAAUUACAACUCAGGUUGUAACGAGAACGAGGCAGACCACUUGGACCGGGACCAGCAGCCUUACCCACCCUCUCAGAAGACUAAGCGCAUGCGGACCUCCUUCAAGCACCACCAGCUUCGGACCAUGAAAUCCUACUUUGCCAUCAACCACAACCCAGAUGCCAAGGACCUCAAGCAGCUUGCCCAGAAAACAGGCCUGACCAAAAGAGUUUUGCAGGUUUGGUUCCAAAACGCACGAGCCAAAUUCAGAAGGAACCUUUUGCGGCAGGAGAAUGGGGGUGUUGAUAAAGCUGAUGGCACGUCGAUUCCGGCCCCGCCCUCAGCAGACAGCGGCGCUCUCACUCCACCCGGCACUGCGACCACUUUAACAGACCUGACCAAUCCCACUAUCACUGUAGUGACAUCCGUGACCUCUAACAUGGACAGCCACGAAUCCGGAAGCCCCUCACAAACUACCUUAACGAACCUUUUCUAACAUUGGAUUUUUUUUUUAAAUUCUUCCUCUUCUUUUUAUUAUUAUUCUAAUUAUUAUUAUUUUAUUAUUUACAAGACUUUUUUUUUUUUUUACUAAACCCACGAGAUAUUUGGGAAAUAAAAACACAACAGCUUGGUGUGUAGCAUCUGCAGCCAUUUGGCAAAUGAGUUUCAGUGAACAUAUUUUGUCUGCAAACUGUAUUUGGAUUUUUUUUUCUUUAAUUAGGAAUU